GCUAACGAUUUGGUCUUCCUCUCUGAUCUACGAACUGGCCGCUCUUCCUCCUCUAUUCAAGUUCGCAUGCUCUGAUUUGACAUGCUUUUUCUGGAUUCUCAGAUAAAACUCAAUGAGAGAAGACAGAAGCUGGAGAAGAGAAGAGUGAGGUUCAAGUUGUGCUCCUUGGACAAGGACUUGGAGAUUUUUUAUCUGAAUCCUCACCAAUGUAAGGUCUCUGAACCACAAGUGUACAGGUUCUGCUGAGUACACAAGUCUAAGAUAUCUUGAGAGCUCAUCAGGUAUAAGUUCUGAGAACAAGAGAAGACAUUUCUUAUGUUUCUACAACAGAUUUAAUGUUUAACUUAUGCUCUAAAUUGUUCCAAGAAUCAAGUUUGGGUCUAGAAAAACGAGACAGAAACAUUCAAUACCUGAAACAAGAGCAGGAGCAGCCAAGUCAUGUCUCUGUUCUAGAGAGGAUACGUCUGGAAGAAGAAACAGUAGAAGAGAAGAUUAGAUUGCUAUCUUUUCAUGAUUCAUGAAUCUUCUAGAGAAGGACUCAGUUCACAGGUUUGUGAAGAAAGUUCUUGAAGCUUCAAGACUGAACUGGACUAAUAUCAUGGCAAGUUGCAACGAAGAAACAUCACUACUUAACGAAUUCUCACACGGCGAUCACAACAAGGGUAAGCUUCUUCUGGUUCUUGAUUACACGGACGAGAGUCUCCGAGAGAUUUACCGUCGAGACAUCAUCAAGUUUUGGCCUUUCUUGAGAGUUAUCAUCAAUCUACCAUCUUCUUCCUUUCGAGAAGACCUGAUUCACGAGACGCUGAGACGUUUCGACUGGGGUUUACUCUGCUGUGACACUCCAAGAACGUUGGAUCAGAUCAUUGAGACUGGUGUGGUAAAGCCAUCAUAUCUUUGGUCGGGUUUUGGUGGUGAAGCUGAAGGUGGAAGUAGCCAGGCGCAGAUAGCAUCAGAGAAGGUGAAGAAAGCACGCAAUGCAUAGGUGAAAGAGGAUUGGAGUUCAAGACGCAGUUUUUUUUAAUGCUUAAGUCGUUUAUGCUGGUUUUUUUUCCUUUUCUGGUGUUUGUUUUAUGAGCAAGUUUGACUUUCACUCUUUGCUACUU